AUGUGCAACGUGAUGCACGCGCGCCUGCGGCUCGCAGCCGUGGGCGCGACGCUGCAGCCCGGCCGCGGCGGCGGGCGCGGCUCAAACGUGCGGCGCACGCGCGUCGGCAGCCGCGGCAACAGCGGCGGCGACGGCGAUUGGCAGCCGGAGGUGCUCAGCGUGCUGGCACAGGCCGCGACCUAUUGCUGGGGCGCCGUGCUGCUGGGCGUGUGUGUAUCCAACAUCUUGAGAGGGCUGGCGACCUCUGCCGAGCUCAGGGAACUCAACUGGGAGCUCAAGCGGGACCUGCAGGAGGUCACAAGAGAGCUCAACCAGCUCAAAUGGGACCUCAAGUCAGACGUGCGAGACCUCAAGUAUGAGCUCAAGUCGGACGUGCGGGAGCUCAAGUACGAGCUCAAGUCAGACGUGCGGGACCUCAAGUGGGGACUCAAGUAA